AUGGUUCUUCGUUGGUGCUACUUUGCAUGUCUCUUUCUCUUGGUGGCUUUGAAACUAGAGCUAGCUAAUGCUCAAUUUUACCUAAAUGACGAAGAUGAACCCGUCACCUUCAAGACAAUAGUUGUGGAUCCAUCUGGGAAUGGAAACUUCAUUACCAUACAAUCUGCUAUUGAUUCAGUUCCUUCCAAUAACAGACGUUGGAUUUUGAUCAAGGUGGCGGCAGGUAUCUACAGGGAAAAAGUGAAAAUUCCGUUGGACAAGACUUUCAUCGCACUAGUAGGAGAGAAAAAUAAGGACACUAUUGUUGAUGGGAAUGACCAUGCUUCAACCGCUGAAAGUCCAACGAUCGAAUUCCUUGCUGACAAUAUUUUUGUCAAAUACAUGAGUUUUAGGAAUUCAUACAACAAUCCAUUAAAAAUUAAUGACGUGGCAAGUGACAUGGCACCUGCGGUAUCUGCGAAGGUAUGCGGUGACAAAAUUUACUUUUAUAGAGUUGGCUUUUUUGGUUUCCAAGACACUUUGUGGGACGAAUCAGGAAGACAUUACUACAAGUUUUGUACCAUAGAAGGUGCUGUUGAUUUUAUCUUUGGUGCAGGCCAGGCUCUGUUUGAGAGGUGUACCAUAUCUGUUAUUGAUGCGUUACUGGGUCCAGAUAGGCCUGGUUUCAUCACAGCACAUGGGAGAAAUAAUCCAAACGAUGCAACUGGUUUUGUUUUCAAAGAUUGCAAGGUUUUUGGAAAUGGGAAAACUUACUUAGGAAGGCCUUGGAGAGAUUACGCUAGAGUUCUUUUCUAUAAGACCUAUAUGUCCAACAUUGUAAAACCUACUGGUUGGGAAGCAUGGCAUUCCGUUGGACAAGAGGAUCGCGUAACAUUUGCUGAGUAUAAGAAUUUUGGGCCUGGUGCUGACACGUCCAAUAGAGUGAGUUGGACUAAGAAGUUGGAUUUAUCAACGAUUAAUAAGAUGGCAAGUUUGGAUUUCAUUGACGAUGAAGGAUGGCUUUCGACCUUUGGAGAACAUUAUUUUCACUGUUUCCUAGAGUUUCUAAGCUCAAUUGAGCUUUCGAUUCGAGUUCGUUUGAAUUUUCUGCUCACAAAUGACUCAUUUUUGGAUUUUAGUUGGACAUCAUGUUCACUUGUUAAGAGAGCAAGUGCUCAUAAGAAGAAGAAGAAUAAUAAUAAGCAGGAGCAACAGAGGGGAUCAUCCUCUGCGGUCAGUCGCAUGGAAGAAAGUGUUGCGGACUUCAACAAUGUUCGCCCACUUUGCAUAAAUAACCACUGGGGUGCUAAAUUGGAUGACUUGGAGAAACGUCUUCGUGAGCUUUCACAUACCAUUUGA